CCACAACACUUUAGUUUGUGCGAGGCGUAUUGCAAAUCGAUCGUGUAUUUUUUUUUUGUUAUAAAGAAAAUAAUCGUGUUAUUUUAUGCGUAGUUUUACGUGUGUUGUGUUUACGUGGUUUUAGGCUUUGUUUAGCGUUUUAAAGAAAGGGUGUUACAUUAGAAAAAAAUUUACAGUGACAAUGUGAAAUGUGUGUGUUCUUCAAAUUUUAAAGUGAUUCCGUGAAUGGGCAUGUGUAUCGUGCGUGUGUUUAAUGUAGAAUAUUGACACAAAGUUAACAAACAGCGUUCAGGAUGAAGUUAAAAAGUACAUUGUCCGUGCCAAAUCUAGGUGAUAUAACAUGGUUCCGGGGCAGUCGUAACGGCGACAUGAACCACGGCGGGCUGAAGAAUGCCUCCACGGAAUCGCGGACCGACAGCAAACGCGAUCGGCGGCGCGGCGCGGCUGGGCGGGCGGCGGCGCUGCGGCGGGCGCCGUCGGACUCGGACUUCGGGGAGACCGCGUCGCUGUCGGCCGACAGCGGCGACCGCGCUGUGCGGCCCGCACCGCCGCCCACGCGCAGCGGCAAGUCGCGCAGCCGUCGGCGCGGUAGUGAAUGGGAGGUGCUCGAGGGUCUGAAGGAUGGACAGCGGUUCGACAAGAAACCCGAGGUGUUCAACGGUUACUUGCACAAGAAACGCAAGUGGCCGCUCAAAGGAUGGCACAAGAGAUUCUUCGUGGUAGACGGCGGCAUCUUGGUGUACGCCCGCUCGCCGACAGAUGUCGCCCGCGGCCGGCUGCACGGCUCUGUCGACGUGGGCCUGUCGGUCAUAUCGGCGAAGGCGCGCCGCCGCCGCAUCGACAUCGACGCCGACGAGUUCAUAUACCAUUUACGAGCGAAGACCCCGGAUGUGUUCCGGACGUGGCUGAACGUGCUCAAGACGCAUCGGUUGUACCGUCAGCAUCUACUGACAUUUGGUGCUAGAGAGUCAGUGCCUAAGAUCCACGCGCCACUAGAAGACCUUCCCCCCGCAGAAACAUCACGGCUGAUAAGCCCGACGUCACAGCCGCUGCGUGGUCCGCAAGCUGGCUUCGUCUCCGGUACACCUGGUGGACGCCUGGCCAGCUGGAUCAUAGAAUCCGGUGGGCCGCUCGAGAACGCGUCAAAGGAGCUCGGCCAGGCCCAGCUGUCCGUUCAGCAGCUGCAGCGGCUGCUCGAUGCGCUGGAGUUGCAGCAACAAGUUCACCACGACACCGACGUGUCACUAGAGGGCGCUUCGCCGAACGUCAAAAAAGACCGGCGCAAGUUUGGGUUGCGCAAAAAGAAAUCGAAUAACAAAUGCGCGUCGGUGGAACUCGCCCCGCCGCACGUAGACCCGUCCAACUCGCAUAUGGCAAUAUCGGCGCUCACAGCGCCACCUUCCCCUGGUGGAGGCGCUUCCUCGAUGCCCAACUCGGCGGCCUCCUUGCCAAUAGCGUGCGCAGCAGCGAGGCCGCAGUCCCUGCCCGGGGCGGAGGCGCUGGCCACCGGCGCGGUGGCAGGGCCAGCGUCGCUGACCAGCUUGACGCCAGAUCACCAAUUGAGGGAAGACUUCACGGUGCUAGCUAAGGAUUUGGUGGCUAAGUUGAAAACUAUAUUAUCCACUUUAGUAUGCGAGCGUGGACGGCUACGAGCGGCGGUGGAGACCCUAGAAGGGGCGGAGGCGGCACCAGGAGGCGCCGUGCUGGCGGCCUUGAGGACCAACCUCACGUCCGCCCUGCACCAGAACUCGGAAUUGCGCUCCCGCCUCUCCCGGAUACACGACGCGUCCGACCUCGCCGAGAUAUCCUCCGUGGGGGCCAUCUCUGACGCUGUGAAGCGGCACCCGCCGUCGCUGAGCUACAGCUCAUCGUGCGUGUCCGCCUCGGAGUUCUUCGACGCUGAAGAGCACGACAGCAACGGCUUGAAGCCGGCUGAGAUCAUCAACGCAGAUGAGGCCGGCGUGAUAGAGCUGGACGGCGACUCGUCGUCAGAGGCGGGCUCACUCAGCAGCGAGGAAGGCUCCGCCAGUUCGGACAACUCUGAGGGUGCGAUGCUAUCAGCGGAACAGGUGACCCUGCGGCUGGACCAGAACGGACCGGCGGCGGACGGCACCGGACCGGCGGCGGCCGGCACCGGACCGGCGGCGGCCGGAACCGGACCGACGGCAGCCGGCGGCGAGCAGUGGAUACGGCGUACGCGACUCCCUAGCCCGAGACCCACGCCCGGCGGGCCCAGCCUCUGGAACCUGCUCUACAAGAACAUCGGCAAGGACCUCAGCCAGAUCUCCAUGCCUGUCACCAUCAACGAGCCGCUUAAUAUGCUGCAGAAGCUGUGCGAGGAGCUGGAGUACUCGGCGCUGCUGGACGCGGCGGCGGCGAGCGCGGCGGCGGCCGAGCGUGCGGCGCUGGUGGCCGCGUUCGCUGUGAGCGCGUACGCGUCGGCCGCGCACCGCGCCGCCUCCAAGCCCUUCAACCCGCUGCUGGCCGAGACCUACGAGUGCGUGCGCGCCGACCGCGGCUUCCGCUUCGUCGCCGAGCAGGUAUCGCACCACCCGCCGAUAUCGGCGUGCCACGCGGAGUCGUCCCGCUGGACGUUCUGGCAGGAGGCGCGCAUCAAGACCAAGUUCUGGGGCAAGUCCAUGGAGUUUCAGCCCACCGGCCGCGUGCACGUCCGGCUCACCACCACCGGCGACCACUACAGCUGGAAUAAAGUAACAACAUGCGUACACAACUUGUUCGGCGGGCAGCGGUGGGUGGACCAGUACGGCGACAUGCACAUCGUAUGCCACGGGACCGACAUCACGUGCAAACUUAACUUUAUCAAGGCGAGCGCGUGGUCGGGCAGCCGGCACGAGGUGCGCGGCGGCGUGGCGGGCGGCGGCGCGGCGCUGCGCCUGCACGGCCGCUGGUCCGACGCGCUCUACGCCGCCGACCGCUGCAUCUGGCGCCCAGGUCCAAUGCCCCCCGACCACGAGCUGUACUACGGCUUCACCAGGUUCGCGAUGGAGCUGAACGAGAUGGAGCCCGGCAUGCGGGACAUUCUGCCUCACACUGACACCAGGCUCAGGCCGGACCAGCGCGCGCUGGAGGAGGGCGACGUGGAGGCGGCGGAGCGCUACAAGCUGCAGCUCGAGCAGGCGCAGCGCGAGCGCCGCCGCGACUCGCCCGACCACACGCCCGCCUGGUUCCGCAAAGUGGUGGAGAACGGCGAGGAGAUGUGGAUAUUCAACGGCGAGUACUGGAAGGCGCGAGAGGCGGGCUUCAAAGACAACACCGCGCCCAGGAUAUGGUGACCGCGUCUGCUCAUACACCGUGUACCGCCGAGCGAGGUGCUGUGCUAGAGGUUGUGUCUCGUCGCUUCCCGCUUCUAGAGCUUUACACAGUAGCCUUUAUUAUAAAUAACUACUACCACAUUGUACUGUUCGUUGGACGGGACAUAUACCCGUAUAUACAAUAGGGUGCGUGUACCAAUUCACCACAACCUUGUACACUUUUAUAUUAAUAUCAUGUUUAUUUGUGAAUCAAUUAUGUUGUCGUUUGACAUCUUUUUUUUUAUUAUUAUUAUUUAUUAAUUUAUUUAUAAUAUUUUUAUUAAAAAAAAAGUGUUUAAAUUAUGAAAUAGUGUAAACUUGGAUUGUUAUCCAUACAUGUUAAUGAUUCUCUGGGAAUACAUAUUUUAAUUUGCACUUGGACUUGCCUCACCUUACGGUAAGUGGUUAUAAAAUGUAAGAUUAUCCGCGCUUACCCCGAAAUUACUUAACUGUCAACAUAAAAAGACCUAAGUUGUGUUUCCCCAGGAACACAGAUAAAGACAUUGACAUUUGACAUUUGACGUUUGACAUUUUUAUUAAAGUGUCAAUACCAAUGUAACCAAAAGGCAAUUAUAGUAAUAGCAGCUUGAAUUUACUGAUUUUUUUUUAACUAUAAAAUAAUAUAUAACGUUGAUAACUUAAAAAAGCUGUUAUGUUAAAUUUUACCAACUACUUACCUUAGUAAUAAUCACCUUAUUUACUGAUUGGUAUACAUUUUUUUUUCAUAAAUACAUUAAUUAAAAUAAUAAUAAUUAUAUAUAUAUUAAUUUACAGCUAUAUUUAACAGCUGUUGCUGCAGAUAUAGACUGUCGCUUUUGUAUAAUUUAAAAUUAUUUUUAAUUUUACAAGUACAAUUUACAAUACUACAUUUGUGGUUGGUUAAUUGGUACAUUUACCUUAUUAAUAUGGAUUCCGUAUAGUAAGUGUGGGGAUUUGAGAGUUUUACCAGUUUAAUUAAAAUUUAUAAUAUAAUUUGUUACCGUCGUAGUAAUUAUCGCAUUAUUCCUUUUAUACGACAUUGUACGGAUGUAUAUUAUGGCAAUUAUUUGUUGCUUUCAAAGUAAACAAAUUUCAACCUUAUUGUCUUGUGCUAUAAUUGUUAAAUUAAUUUUACUUGGCAAUUUUAUGCAUAUAUGCUUAAUAUACUUUUUAGGUAAUGACAUAUGAUAAUAAAUAUAUAUAUAUAUAUAUAUAUAUAUAUAUAUAUAGCUAGACGCGCCAUCUUGGCAUGGGAGACUCAACUUUUAUUUUUAAUCUAUGUUUUUUUUGGCAAAAAAAUCACUUUCACAAGUCGAACGUCCUUCAAAAGGAUGCAUUUCGAUAUCAACCUGUAUAUGAGGAGUCAUACUGUAUAAGUAUGUACGAAAUACUAAAAUGUAUGGACAAAUCACUGUAUCUAGUAUUUAAAAGGACAGUCAACACAAAGUUACCAAAUUAUACUUGUCACAACACAUAGGAGUUGGCAAUGCAACGCAUCUGGCUGGUCGUAUGCUGGCUUGACACGUUCGUUAUAUAAAAAAUAAAAUACAUAUAGGUUAAUUAUGAUUUUACGUCAUUGACACUUAAAAUGCCUUAUCUUAGCUCUCUCUCGCACUUAUUACAAGCUGGAUUAACAUAGCGUGAAUGAUAUUUGGAACUGUGAGAGUACCAGCAUGGAUAUACUACCUUACGGCGAACGAAAUAAGGUCGUUAUUGCAUCCUACAAAGUAUAAAAUUAAUUAAAAAAAUCCAUCCGUAUUUCUCAUCCUUACUAAUAUUAUAAAUGUAAAAGUGAGUUUGUUUAUUACUCGUCGCUUCAACGAGCCGCUCAUCAUAAAGUUUUCCAUACAAAUAGUAGCCAUUUUGCAUAGUAAAGAAGGACAUAAAAUGCUGUUUCAUUCUAUUCAAAUAAUAUGCCCCAGUCAUGCGGACAAAGUCACGAUCAUGUCUUAAAUAUCUUAAAACAAAAUUCCAAAAAAAAAACGAAAAAAAAUUAUAUUUGCCAAUUUUUAAUCAUUUUUUAUCGCCAUAUUCAUUAUAUAUGUGUAUAUAUACUAUAAUAUAUAGUCCAUAACGACUGUAUGUAUAUCUGUGUACCCCCUUAUUUAUAAAUCUUAAACCUACAAACAAUAUUUUAAGUAUUAUACAAUUCUGUCACUUUCUAUCAAAUUAGGAAUUCAACACCAAAGAAAGAGACAGAACUUCUCAAUAGCUAAAGUGGAGAGAGAUUUGACGUUUUUAUAAAUAAGGGGUAUUAUCAUUAUUUAGCUUGUUGCACUCUCACAAUUAAAACAAGAGCGAUAUUUCAUUUAUAAAACUAUAAAGCUGUCCAGACUACACGUUACGCCAAAAAGCAGGACGUACGUACAUCCAAAAAUGUUACCUUUAUCUGUGACAUUCAUAAAAAAAAAAAAUUAUAUUUCAUACUAAAGUCCUAUUUAGAGGAUUACAAGCCGGGCAUAUUGCCCAAUAUAGUAAAAUGAGUUCUUCGCGAGUUAACAUACAUAGUCAUGUCCGAAACGACAAUAUGACAUCAUAAACCGUCAUUGGUUAUUACUAACUCUCCUCACAUACUCGUUUGCCUUCAUUCGCAUUAAAAAAAAAAUUAAAUGUUGGUACUCUAUACAUUGUGAUAGUAAAUAAAAAAAUAUAUAGGUAUAUAUUGGAAUAUUUUGGCAAUUCCAUAAUUUCAGUUCAAUUACAUCGUUGCGUAGUGCAUACAAUUUUAAAAUUGACCUAGUAAUAAGUGAAUGCGUAUGCGCAGCUACAAAAUCUAACAUACUGUCUAGCCAACCGUUGAGGACUAAAGGGCGUGGCCUAACUGUGGCUCGGUUGUCAUAGACUAUUGUAAUUGAUAAGUUGUUCAUCAUCGUACCAACUUUUAACUGUCCGUUGCUAAGCAUAGGCUCCCCCCCCCCCCUCCCUGGGAAGUUUUGCCAGUAGUUGCUACGCUUGGCAGGUGGGUUGACAACCAUAGUUGGGCUUGGUGAUAUUUUAAGAGGGACGCUGCUGCCCAUCCCUAGACAGUUAAGUUUUUAUUGCUUAGCAAUAUUUCAUUUUUUUUUUUAAUUAAUAAUAAUAGAAUGGUAACCCCGCCUACGCUGUCAGUAGACUCUGGCGGGACACCAGUGAGAAAUGACAGAUGAAAUGAAGUCUGAUCUUUCGACACAUCAUGACAGCUUCACCAAGAAUUAACCACGAUGGUUUCCAAGGGACACCACACUGUCGUCCAUCUGAUAGAGUACAUGCUUAUGGCUAGCAAUAGUCCCAUUAAUCCCAUAGACAAUCGCCCCCUCCCUACCUUGACCUUUUUUUUUAUACCACUGAGGUGGCCGUACCGUAGCCUAUGAACGCCUGCUAAUACUAGAGGCAUUACGCGCGUAUUACAUUUUUAGAGAAUCGUGUUACAGCUUUGUCCCCAAUGAUUGGUUAAGCAAUAUGCUUUUCGAUCUUGUUGCUAUGGAUACGGCUUAAGUGUUAUCUAAUUUUUUUUUUCGUUUUAUUAAAAAAAAAAAGUAUAAAUUAUAAGGUUUUAGAGUAUUGUGGCUGUGAAAUGUUUCCAUUAAUGAAAGGAUAAUGUUAGAUCUUUAUUUUUUUUUUGUUGAAAUUGCCUUAUAAUAUAAUUUUCUUUUCUUGCCAGUUAUAGAUUGAUAGGUGUCAUAGACAAAUAUUGAAAAAGGGAACGGGUAGUCUAUGAAAAUUUGGUUUUGACGUAAUAUUUCUUGACUUCACUGUUUGCGUUGUGACUUCUACAUGGAACUUUAUUAUAUCGAUUUUACAAUAUUAUUUAAAAUACUUGUGUUGUAUUUUAAAUAAUAUAUAGUCGUAUGACUUCUUGAUUUAACGUUUUGAAAAAAGAAUCAUAUGACUCUGCUUCUUGAAGGAUUAGCCUACUAAAUUACAGAAUAAAUGUGUUUGCUAAAUUUAAUAUUCAAAUUUGGGGCUGAUCCAAAUGUCUAAUGAGACGAGGCGUAUUGCAGAGCUUUUUCACAAUUGAAACAUCGUUUUGAUGAUGAAAUAAAGUACAAUUAUAUACAUCUGUAACGUCAUAAAUGUGCCGCUUAUAUAGGUACAUUUAAAGGGAAAGUGGCGGGUGGAACUUGCCCACCCCAGAAUUCAAUUUUUUUUUUUUUUUAAGUCUAAUUUUGUGGAACCAUCACCACAAGAUGUGUAUCUCUGAGCGCUUCUAAUACAAAACCAGCUCCUAAAAAUAAUUUCAAAUAUGCCAAUGUGCUUAUAAAUUUAACAAUUUAUAGAAAUGACAUAUUAAAAAAAAAAUUUAAAGUUCUGUUGCUUUUUAAAAUGUUGAUUUAAUAAAUACAUAUUCUCUUGUCAAUUAAAUAUUGGAAAGUCAAUCGGAAUAUAGUUGGCACAUAAUUAAUUAAUAUUGCACAAUAUUUAUUAAAAUAUAUUACAAUAUGGUGGUGCAGGUCAUUAAAUAUAUGAAAUAGUAAUGCAAGAGUUUAUAGAAAAUUGUAGAGAGAGGUGGAUUGACAAAUAAACGUGCUGUACUUGGUAAAUUCGUAUAAGUAAGGGAUAUAACCUUGGUCGUUGUUUGGCUUGGUAUAAUGUAUUUCACGUCACUACCUCUAUCUACAUUAUGUACAAUUAAUUAAAUUAUCUCGUCUUAUAAUCACCUUUAUUUACUUCCCAAUGGUGCUGUGCAUGUGUGGAAAUUGUGUAAGUGUGCGUGUCCGUUAUUGUUUUAUUUUAGUUUUCAUUUUGUAUUCUGUACAAUUCGAAAUUUGAAUAAAUGCGCGAACCCAUUUGAUGAGCAAAAGACACAGGCCUAAAGUGUUUUUUUUUUUUUUUUUUUAUAAAUCUACCAGUGAAUGUUCUGUCAAUGCUUUCAUUAAUAACGAUUAAGUACAGACCAGUUGUUUUUCUUUUCUUUUUUUUUUUAUUGUUAUUACUAUCAGUUAUUCUGUAGCUUAGAUGUAACAAAGCAGUAUAUUUACAGUGAUUAUUAGUAAUAAUACAUAUUUUAUGAGCACCCAAUAUUUGAAUACUACUAUAAGUAGUCGCCAUUAAAAACUAUAUAGUUUUAAUUUGCAAAUGACAACUUUACACUAAGUUUAUAAUACCAGUGCCCGAAUAUAAAUGCAUAUUAUGCGAUUCGUUUAACGUCUAAUGAAAUCAAACCUUAAGACAUUAAUAUAAGGCUUAAUUUAAUCAGGAAUUAGUUCGAGCACAGACCUAGCAAUGUUUUUUUUUUUUUUUAUUGAAAAUGUGUAAAAGACAAACGGUUAAAGGUUAUAAAUCUAUAAAAAGUUUAUUUUAUAAUAUACUCUAUGCCUUCUGCUUCUAGGUCGAGUUUGAAAGCUUCUAAUGAUAAUUAUCUAUAAUAAACUACAUGGAUGUUGUUGCUAGAUAAAUUAUAGAUAUAUGUUUAGAUAUUUGUAUAUAGAGGAUUAGUUUCGUUUUAAAAAUGUUGUUGGACGUUUUUAUGUUGCAAAAUGUAGAUAUUCGCGCCAAGUAUAUUACGGGAUAGGCAGAGAGGUGUUUGAAUUUUAUGUCAACAAAAUUAAAUAUUUUACAAUUAGGAUAACUUUAAUUAAAGUUAUAUAUAAUGUCGAUGAAAUUCAAUAUAUUAACAAUAACAGAAUUGUUACGUUUUACGUUCAUAUUAUAGAAAAUAUCUACUUAUUUAGUAAUAAAUAAGAGUCAACGUGCCCAAGCACAAUACUUACUUACUUUGUUGUUAUAUCUUUUCCUUUUUUGAAAAUUUGAAGCCAGUGACGACAAUUAUGUUAUUAAAAAUAACAUGUUCCAUUUUCAAAAUAAAAACGUUCAAUGUGAUUUAUUUUUAAAUCAGCCAUGUUUGCUCUUAUAACAUACGGGUUUUAGGUUGUUUUUUUUUUUUUUUAUUCAGUAUUUUGUCGGGUCACAUUCUUUUUUAUGAAUAUUAAACACUUGUCACUUUUAAAAAAAAUGACAAUAAAAUGUUUUGUGUAUAAAAAUAAUAAUAUUGUUGUAAAAUGUUAUAUUAAUGAAAUUAUACUGAUGUAUUAAAUAUUAACUUUUAUGAGUUUAAAAUGUAAUUAAAAAAUAAUGUGAACGUGUAUCAAUCGGCUAUUAAAUCUAACAAAAAAAACAAACAAUUUGACAGGUUAGGUCCUAAUGAUUGACUACAUAUGACUACAUAUUUUGUUAGAUUUUCUAGUUUCGUACACACUUAAAAUAAUAUUGUUUUCAAAUUAUUUUUAAAUGUGAAAGACAAGUUCAUCAAUUAUACUGUAUAUAAUA